AUGUCCGAUUCUAAUUACCUGUCUAAAACAGUGGCAGUUUCGCCCUUGGUUCUUUUAUCCGUGGUAGACCAUUAUAACAGGGUGGCCAAGGAUUCCAAAAAGAGAGUCGUUGGUGUUGUUCUUGGGGAGUCCUCGGUCAAUUCUGAUACAAUCAAAGUAACCAAUUCCUUUGCUAUACCAUUCGAAGAAGACGACAAGAACCCUGGAGUUUGGUUUUUGGAUCACAACUAUAUUGAAUCAAUGUGUGAAAUGUUCAAAAAGAUUAAUGCCAAAGAAAAAUUGCUUGGUUGGUAUCAUUCCGGACCCAAAUUGAGGUCUAGUGACUUGAAAAUCAACGAUGUUUUCAAGAAAUAUACUUCGAACCCAUUGUUGCUUAUCGUUGACGUGCAACCAAGAGAAGUUGGAAUCCCCACUGAUGCUUAUUUUGCAAUUGAAGAUAUUAAAAACGAUGGUUCUAGUGCGGAGAAGACUUUUAUUCAUGUUCAAUCAUCCAUUGAAGCUGAGGAAGCCGAAGAAAUUGGUGUGGAACACUUGUUAAGAGAUAUCAGAGACCAGGCGGCCGGUACCUUGCUGUUAAAGGUAACCCAGACUUAUCAAUCUUUGUUGGGAUUACACCAGAAGCUUAGAGAGAUUGCUAAUUACUUGGACAAAGUCUAUCACAAUAAGUUACCUAUAAAUCACGUAAUCUUGGGUAAGUUGCAAAAUGUAUUCAAUUUAUUGCCCAACUUAGCGAAUAAGGAUGAAAGUGAACCAACAAGUACUACUGUCAAGGAAGAAAGCGAGCUGAACCCAUUGGCAACUGCCUUCACAGUCAAGACUAAUGACGAACUCAUGAUGGUUUACGUCAGCACAUUAGUGAGAGCUAUCAUAGCAUUCCACGACUUAAUCGAGAAUAAGAUUGAGAAUAAGAAGCUUUACGAAAACGCCAACGAAGAAAAGUUAGAAUCGGAGGAUUAA